CUUGUACAGUAAAAACUUGAAUCGCGACAUUCGUUUUAUAAUUUUGCCAACCAAAGGAGCACACAAUACAGCUAAAGCAGCAUAAAAAAGCUUUACUCAAACAGCUCUGCAUCGGGCACUAAAAGUAAUAAUACCGCUUCGAUCCCAUCCAUCUGUCUCAUUGUCUAGUCCCUCAUCCCACAAAAAGGUCGGAACACAAAAAACAAAACACCCACAAUGACAGACUCACCCAUCAGUCGCAAACGGCCAAACAGCACCGUCAGCACCCCGAUCUCCCCGACGGCCGACUCUCUUCACUCGCCGUCCUCGAGCCGCUCGUCCCCUUCUUCUUCCUCAUCCUCCUCAUCUCGACACCCGCCUUACCUCCCGACACGACUCGAAACCUACGUGCUGGCGCUCUACCCGACGCUCCUCGUCUUCGGCUCUGCGUUCGCCCUGCUCUCGCCGGCCGUGCGGUCCGCAAAGUACGACCCGGCCGCGCAGGCGCACGUGCAGGACUCGACGGCGCCGUCGUACUUUGCGCGCAAGGACAACGUCUUCAACGUGCUGUUUGUGAAGCGCGGCUGGGCGUGGAUCACGGGGGCGUUUUUGACCUUUUUGGUCACGCACCAGGGCAUCGCACCCCCCACCGCGACGUGGGCCGCAAAGGCCAGGGCCGCGCUGCGCUGGGCGCUCGUCACGGGCUGGUGGGUCCUCGUCACGCAGUGGUGCUUCGGCCCGCCCCUCAUCGACCGCGGGUUCCGCUACACGGGCGGCAAGUGCGAGGCGGCCGAGGCGGCGGUCGCGCAGGACGGAGUGGUGGGUUCCGCGGCAAAGGACGUCUUCAGCGCGGCGGCGUGUCGUGCCGCGGGCGGCAGGUGGAGCGGUGGGCAUGACAUCUCGGGCCACGUGUUCCUGCUCGUCCUGGGCAGCUUCUUUCUCGUGCAGGAGGUCGGCUGGGUGGUGAUUCGCUGGCGCGCAAGGGGGUGGGAGCUGCGCGGCAAGGAUCCCAGGACCGUGGUCAUGGUGGACGGCGCCGUCAAGAGCGCAGACGUCGAGGCCGAGGACCUCUGGGAGAAGUCGCUGCUCGGUCCGCAGGAGGGCUGGUUGGACGUGCUCGGCUUGGGGGGAAAGGUUGCGCUGGGUGUUGUGGGGUUGAGCCUUUGGAUGCUCCUCAUGACUGCUAUUUUCUUCCAUACGUGGUUUGAGAAGCUUACUGGUCUACUGGUCGCUUUAAUCGGCAUCUAUGGAGUCUACUUUGUGCCGAGAUUCGUCCCUGGUCUCAGGGGCAUCGUUGGCAUGCCUGGAAUAUGACCAUGGGGUUUUUUAUGGAUGGUGCUUGGCAGGUGGAGUUUGGGGGCAAGCCGGAUUUUAAUUUGAGACCGUGAUCAAUUAAGCAUAAAGGCCACGGUUUGUUAGUUUUAAUGAAAUGGCGGUUUGGCUUUUGACAGGUCAGCGGUAGACAUUGAAUUCGAAGAUAU